UGUUUAGCUUCAUAAAAGUCACAUCUCAAAUCCACAAAGCUCAGACAGGCAAUGGGGAGAGGAUCUGUUGCAUUGUUAUUCCUUUUCCUCUUCUUUCUCUGCUUCCCCUUCACAUCAGAUUCCCAGAAAGUCAAUCCAUCGACGAGCUUACUCAACCAAGAACACGCCCAUGCAGAAGUUACUACAAUCAAAGACAUAACAGGAGAACAAGAUGACAAGAGCAUCGACAUCUUCCGCGCAGGGAAAGGAAGUCAUGGAGUUACAGGUGGAAAAGGCGGAGGCCGAAAAGCAACUCCAAGAAAGGGUAAUGCCAGCAUGGACCAUCGGCCACAGUUGUUCUUCUCGGCUGCCUCUGUUCUAUUUACUGGUUUAAUAAUGUUUUCAUUAACUUCUUUCGACAUGUCAUUAAGAUUCUGUUGUGCCUAAACAAAUAUCUUAACCUGAGAGUGGAACAUAUGUACUGAAUAUUGUAAACUUUGAAAUAUAUUGGAACGGAUAUGGAGUAACAACUGUAUAGUACUUAUUAACUAAGAGUGGGUAUAUACAACCAAACCUAUAAUAAAGGACCACGAGAAAGAUGUUUUCCUACGCACCAUAACAAAAAGGGUUUCGUUUGCACUGAUUGAAAGUGGAAACCAUUGUUACAUAUCUACAGGUCAACCAAGAACACAAUUCAAUUCCCACAACAAAAUUAAUGGCUGAGAGAGAGAAGAGCUCAUUUCUUCUGCUGAGCUUUUCACUUAGUA